UAUAUAAAAGUUGUUUCCCAUAACCCGUAUUCAGUAGUGGCAGGCAUGACAAACACACUGGAGUGUUAAUUGAUUGAUGGCUUUGAAGGCUGUCCUUUUGGAGACAUUUAAUCUUUCUUCACAAACAUUAUCUUCUAAAGCAUUGAUUCCCAUUGUGGUGAAAAACACCUUUUGCACACAGCAGAUUGAGACAUUUGUGCGAAAACCAAAGAUGACUACUAAGAGAGUGCAACCCCCAUGGAAAGCCCCCGAAGGUACUGAUGAUGUCAAGCUGAAGUUCUACAAUAGCCUGACUCGUCAAAAGGAAGUGUUUGUGCCCCAGAAUGGCCGUCGAGUUCUGUGGUACAGCUGUGGACCGACAGUAUAUGAUGCUUCACAUAUGGGUCAUGCAAGGUCCUACAUGUCCUUCGACAUCCUGCGACGAGUGAUGCAGGAUUACUUUAACUACGAUGUGUUCUACUGUAUGAACAUCACUGAUGUUGAUGACAAGAUUAUCAGAAGAGCCAGACAGAACUUUUUAUGGGAAAAUUACAUAAGCGAAGGUCACCCUUGGAAAAAGGUCAUGGACGACACGUUGCUGGCCAUGAAGCCAUUUUCCAUAAAACUGACCAAAGAAACAGAUCCAGACAAGAAAGCAAUGUACGAGCGACAAAAAGCAAAAGUUGAUGCGGCAGUAAACAACUUGGAGACUGUGAUGAAUAACCAAUCAAAAGAUGAGGCGGCUAUUCAGGCAGCAAGGGAGAAUCUGUUGGAGUCUUCGAAGGACAUUAUCUCAGAUUGGUUGGAUCAAAACCAUGGGUCAGAGGUUACAGACAACUCCAUCUUCUUAAGUCUGCCCAAGCGGUUUGAGGAGGACUAUCACAAGGACAUGGAAUCUCUUAAUGUACUACCAGCCGAUGUCCUGACCAGGGUCACAGAAUACAUCCCUGAAGUCAUUGACUACGUCCAGAAGAUCAUUGACAAUAAUUUUGCAUACGAGUCCAAUGGAUCUGUGUACUUUAAGACAAAUGAAUUCUCAGACACUGAUGGUCAUUUCUACGGCAAGCUGGUCCCUGAGGCGGUCGGUGAUGCCAACGCCCUGAAUGAAGGGGAAGGUGAACUCAGUGUCUCUGAAUCUCAGCUAGGACAGAAGAAAAGUCAAAAUGACUUCGCUCUUUGGAAAGCUUCAAAACCAGGUGAACCAUCGUGGGAUUCUCCAUGGGGCAAGGGUCGCCCUGGCUGGCACAUUGAAUGUUCUGUGAUGGCAAGCUGCAUCCUAGGAGAAUCUUUAGAUAUCCAUACCGGAGGAUUUGAUCUCAAGUUUCCUCACCAUGACAAUGAGUUGGCUCAGUCAGAGGCCUAUUACCAAAAUGACAACUGGGUCCGUUACUUCCUCCACUCUGGACAUCUGACCAUCGACGGAUGUAAAAUGUCCAAAUCACUAAAGAACUUCAUUUCCAUCAAGGAAGCACUUACGAAACACACCUCUCAACAGCUGCGUUUACUCUUUCUUCUCCAUGCCUGGAAAGACACGCUAGACUAUGGGGAAAACAGCAUGGAGGUGGCACUUAAGUAUGAAAAGAAUUUCAAGGAGUUUUUCUUGACGGUUAAAGAUGUCCUUCGAUUGACCCCUAGUACAGGAGUUGCAGCGUUUGAGAAGUGGACAGAUGAUGAAGUACAGAUGAAUGAAACCUACCUUGCCAUGAGACAUGAUGUACACUUAGCCUUGUGUGAUUCUAUCAACACUCGUCAGACAAUGGAAGUGAUGAGGGACGCAAUAUCUGCCUGUAACAUCUACAUCACCAAAUGUAAGGUGGACAAACGCCUCCCCAAUCGCAUGCUGCUGAAAAACAUGGCAAGCUACAUCACAGACAUGCUCAAGAUUUUUGGUGCCAUUGAUACAGAUACAACAAUAGGAUUUCCCCAGGGUGGAAAGGCUGGUACUGAUUUGGAAGAAACCGUAAUGCCUUACCUUCAAACAUUCGCUCAGUUCCGGGAUGAUGUGAGGAAAGUUUCUCGAGAACAGAAAGUGGUUGACAUCCUGAAGAUUUGUGACCAAGUCCGCGAUGAUACUUUGCCAAAUCUGGGUGUGAGACUAGAGGACCAUGAAGACAGACCUACAGCUAUUAAACUGGUUGAUCGGGAAACUCUCCUAAAAGAGAGGGAGGAAAAGCUCAGGCAACAGGAACAGAAGCAAAAGGAAAAAGAACGCAAGAAGAAGGAACAGGAAGCAGCAAAGGCGGCUAAAGAGGCACAAGCGAGAAUUCCUCCAUCAGAACUCUUCAGGAAGGAGACCAGUAAAUACUCUCAAUUUGAUGACAAGGGUAUUCCUACUCACGAUGCUGAGGGAAAGGAACUCGCAAAAUCUGCAAUUAAAAAACUUAAUAAGAUGUACGAAGCUCAGGAAAAGACCUAUAACAAGUUUCUGAAGAGUCAGGAGGGCGGAGCCACAGGAAACUCUGACCAAUGAUAGUUCUUCAUCAGAUUUGAUGGAUUCUUAAUUGUUGUGACUAUAUUGUGUAACAUUUGACACUAAGCGUUUAAACAGCUUGAAAUACAAGUCAGUCAAUCUUAGGAAAGGACAUUUUUGAUUCAUGGGCAGAAUGAUCCAACUUGAAAUCUUACAUUUUUGUUUGAUCUGCCUAUUAAAACCAGCAAGUGAGAUUUACUGUAGUACGAUAACUCAGUAAAUUUUUAGGCAAGUAAUAUCACUCAAACUUUCCACAUUUAAUGUUGUAAUGUAGAAUGUAGUGUGUUAUCAGUAGUUAAAGAUUUAUGUGUAGAAUAUGAUCAUACUUAUACACUAAUAUACUUAUAAUGAGAAUGAGACAAAUGUGAAUUUUGAAUCUUGAAUUUCUCACAGGCAGUCAUAUUUGAAGAACACUGUAUACCUAUAAGGUCAACAUAGCUGACAGUACACAAUUAGCUUAUCAUUAACAGAAGUUGCUGAGUUUUAAGCAGCAUCGUAAGAUUAACUAUUUAAUUUUCAAUUUGAAAUAUUAACAUUUUUAAUUAUAUGGUACAGAAGAAGGAGGUUACCAAGUGCUCUCUGUAUAAGUGUAUGUUUUAUACAGCUUUUUCUCAUCAGUAUAUCAUAUGUAACAGUGUAUACAAGUAUGUAUCCAUAGUAACCUGUAGAGCUUUUUGCCGCUAGUAGAUCACUGUAACAGUGUACAAUUGUGUGUUGAUAUUAACUUGUUGUGGGCCAUUCAAUGUCAUUAUAUUGUUGUGACCAAGCUGUAAGUGUACAAGUAUAUACUACCUAAAUAUCUCUCCUAAAAUGAGAGGCUCACAAAUAAUUACUACUUUUCCUCUUGUGUAAUCAGGCUUGUAUUUAAAAAAAAACAACGCAAUUAUUAAGUGCUUAGAAAAUACAUGUGUAAUAUACUAAGGAAACCAAUAGUUUAUUUAGAGGAUAAGGAGAAUAAUCUUCUCAUCAACUUGGAAUGUCCUCAAUGAUUUUGUCAUAUUUAUUUAUUUAUGUGUUUUUAUGUGAAAAAUGUUGCAGAUUUUCUUAUGUAGAUCCAGAUUGCGAAGCAUUUUCAUCGCUAUUUUACAGAAAUCUACACAACAACACUUUUUUUGUUUUAUGUUUCAUUUUUUGUGUGUAUGUGUAGUCUGAAUCAAACUUAUAUGUGAUACAGAGGUUCACCUUAAAGACCUGUCAAGAUUAUAACAUGAGACGGUUAUUUUGAGUGAUAAAAGACUAGUCACAGUAUGCUCCCGUAUAUUGUCCUGAUCUUAUUUUGAGAUCGUAUAUUUAAAACUCACCUUUAAUUUUUAAUGGAUAAUUUGAUUUGAAUUUCUCCGAGAAAAUUCCUAAAGACAGAAAGAAAAAUGGAUGAUGUCCAGAAAAUGCCUGGCAGUACCUAAACACUGGCCCUCUAAUGUGAUUACUAGUCAUGUCAAUGAUUAAAGUGGACACUGCUUCUUAUUCAGAUAAAAAUGCUGUCUCCGUUCUCAGUUUCACAACUUCGCAGUAAUAACUAUUUGAGACUGAUCUUCCAGCAUCGGUCUUGCACAGAACAUCUAUUGUUAAAACUAUACAACAGUCAAACAUUUAUAAAUCAAUUCAAAAGUUUUGUGAUCUAAAUCUCUGUUCACUGUUAAAUUAAUGCUCUUAUCAUAAAACAUCUUUAAAAGACUUUGAAAUAUUCACUGAAAUUAGUGAACGAUAUGUGACUCUUUUGUAUCAUCCAUUAUUUUAUCAUUUUGAUGAAGAUUCAAGAAAUAUGACUUAAAAUAGCAUACAUACUAUCUAUGGCAACAUCAUUACAUCUAGUUUAUUGUACCUGGCUAGAAUAUAAUGGUCAAACUUGUAUGGGUCCAUCAGACCGUUAAAGUCACUAGUCCCAAAUGGCUGUAUUAAAUUUUUUAGGUGUUUUGACAUUUGUAUUUCUGAAUGAAACAUAAUGUAAAAAUGUGUAUUGUCUUGUUCAUUUCGUUAAUAUAUCCAUCUUCACAAGUUUGAAGAUUUUUUUCCCUAACACCACAGGGAUUUGACACCUGUGCUUAACACUGUAUAUGUAUACCUACAUAUGUAGGUAAGUACUAUAUAUGGUCAGUAAGUCCCUCGGGAUGUAGUCUCUAAUCAUUUUACCUCUCUUUAUGCACAUGUCAUUUUCUUUAGCUAAAACACAAAAAUAAAGCAAUGGAAUCCAG